CGAAACUACCUGUAGAAGCUUAAGAAGAAACCUUUCAGUUGGAUCUACAGUCUUGCGUUGGGCAGUAGCAUUUUAAACAAGGACUGUUUUUUAUUUUUAGUCUCACGAAAAAACACGAAAGGAUUUAUUUUAAAACCGAAAAGGUGUCGUGUAAAUCGAUGGGGAUUAAUAGUUUUGGAGUAAUACUUCUCCUAGUCCAGAUUUGGAUUGGAGGAUUUUGUGAAGAAGCUGCACAAUGUCAGCCUGGAUUCAGUUCAGACCAUUUUGUCUUCAAAGUCAACAGAGGAGAGCUAGAGAGAGGCAGAGUGCUUGGUAAAGUGAAUUUUGAUGACUGUACUGGACGCAAGGUAGUCCUUUAUAACGCGGAUGAUUCUCGGUUUGAUGUGGAUACUGAUGGAACCAUCAAACUGAAGAGAAGGGUGAAACUGCAUGAUGGGCACAAAAGCUUUGCUGUCCAUGCAUGGGAUACUAAAGGCAAGAGAACCAGCACCAGAGUCACUGUGGAAAAUGAAAAGAGAAGGCGCUACUCCCACCACAGAGACCAUGACCAUCACGCGAAGCAGAAUUCCUCUACAAAUGUUCAGAGCAGUAACCAAGUCCAGGUCCUGACAUUUCCACAAUCUUCUAUUGGUUUGAAGAGACAAAAGAGAGACUGGGUGAUUCCACCUAUCAGUGUUUCAGAAAAUGAACGGGGCCCAUUCCCCAAAUUUGUGGUUCAGAUAAAGUCCAACAGAGCCAAGGAAAUUACAGUUUACUACAGCAUAACAGGGCCUGGAGCAGAUGCACCCCCAGAAGGGCUUUUCACAAUUACAAGGACUGGUGGAGAAAUGUAUGUGACCCAGCCCUUGGAUCGGGAGUCUCAAGCUCAAUAUAUUCUCAUGUCACAUGCUGUUGACCUUAGUGGUAAAACAAUUGAGGAUCCUAUGGAGAUCAUAAUUAAAGUUACUGAUCAAAAUGAUAACAGACCACAGUUCACGAUGAACACCUUUCUUGGCAAUAUAAGCGAGGGAUCAGCAGUAGGAGCUGUAGUUAUGAAGGUGACAGCUACAGAUAAAGAUGACCCCACGAUGGACAAUGGUAUAAUUGGGUAUUCCAUCCUAAACCAAGAACCUAAAGAACCCCACUCCCCCAUGUUUUCCAUUAACAAGUUUGGAACCAUCAGUCUGAUUGCAAAUGGGCUGGAUAGAGAGGCAGUAGCUGAAUAUAAAUUGAUCAUCCAGGCUGCAGAUAUGGAAGGUAACGGUCUCUCAACCACUGCCACAGCUAUCAUCACUGUAACAGAUCAGAAUGACCAAGCUCCACAGUUUAAAACUCCACAGGAAACUGUUUCAGUGCCAGAAAAUGAAGUGGGUGUAUUGGUGACGAAAUUAGCUGUGACAGAUCUGGAUGUGCCCCAUACACCAGCCUGGAAUGCCAAAUACACAAUUGUCAGAGGGAACACUGGAAAUGUCUUCAAUAUCACCACAGAACCCAGCAGCAAUGAUGGAAUUCUCAGAACAGCCAAGGGCCUUGAUUAUGAGACAACAAGGCAAUACACGCUGUUUGUGACAGUUGAAAAUGAAGAGCCAUUUACCAGUACUCUACCAACAGCCACAGCUACCAUUACAGUUAAUGUAGAAGAUGUCAAUGAGGCUCCCAUUUUUAAUCCACUGGUAAAGAGAGUUGUAGUUAAAGAGGACUUGCUUAUUGGAAGUACUGUAGCAGUAUACACUGCAACAGAUCCAGACAAAGAGAUGAAGCAGACUGUAACGUAUCGUAUGGGGAACGAUCCUGCAGGAUGGCUGGAAAUCAAUAAUAGUGGAUUGAUCAAAGUUAAGCAACCCAUGGAUAGAGAGUCUCCAUUUGUUAAAAACAAUACAUAUACUGCAUUGUUUCUGGCAUUGGACAAUGCUAGCCCACCAGCCACAGGUACAGGAACUCUUGUGGUGGAAUUGACAGAUGUGAAUGACAAUAGUCCUGAAAUAGUUGAAAGAGAAGUAAGAUUUUGUAACAAGGAAACAGUGCCCCAAAUACUGAAUGUUUUAGACAAAGACACUCCGGUCUUUGCUGGUCCUUUUAAGGUAGAAGUCAUGAGGGACGAGGAGAAAAACUGGACUGCCACCAUGAAUGAUAAAGGAGAACACAUUAUUCUCACAAUGGCCAAGGAGCUAAAGCAAAAUGAUUAUUCUGUUAUAUUAAGAGUGUUUGACACUGACAACAACCACCAAGAUAGUACCAUUAAGGCAAUGGUGUGUGAUUGCAAAGGGGAGGAAUUCUCCUGCCAAGAUAAAAUAAGUGACGCUGGCUUUGGCUUGCCUGCAGUCCUGGGGAUUUUGGGAGCCAUACUUGCACUGCUGAUCCUCUUGCUGGUACUGUUGCUCCUGCUCAGAAGAAGGAAGACCACUAAAAAGGAGCCUCUGCUUCCAGAGGAUGAUAUCCGUGACAACGUCUUCUAUUACGAUGAAGAGGGCGGGGGAGAGGAAGAUCAGGAAUAUGACUUAAGCCAGCUACACAGAGGUCUGGAUGCCCGACCUGAUGUCUUCCGGAAUGAUGAGGUGCCAACUGGUAAUGCUGUUCCACAGUACCCGUACCGUGCCCUGCCAGCUAACCCAGAGGAUAUUGGCAACUUCAUUGAUGAUAACCUGAAGGCUGCUGACAAUGACCCCACUGCUCCUCCCUAUGACUCUCUGCUGGUGUUUGAUUAUGAAGGUGGCGGCUCAGAGGCUGGUUCUGUCAGUUCACUGAACUCCUCCAGCUCUGGGGAUGACCAGGACUAUGACUGCCUUAAUGAGUGGGGCCCUCGCUUCAAGAAACUUGCUGAUAUGUACGGUGGUGGAGAAGACUGAGACCUUGAUACCAACUGUUACAGCAGUUUUCUGAAGCCUUCAGUUAUGCACACAACGGCCACACUAAUAAUGAGAUAUUGGUAUAGAAUAAGUGAGUCCCAAAGAACAGCUUGAAAAUACUUUGUGUGCUUGUGUGAAGUUCUCCAACAGUGCUUGUUUUGAAUCCCGUGAUAAAAUGUCUUUUUGCAGGUAAAAUCUGAACUUUUUAGAUGGUCUUUUUAUAUUGGUUUGGCUUUGUAUACAAAAAACAUUAACCAAAAAGAUUUAACCAAAUUUUUUUUUCAAGCUCUCGUUAGUCAAUAUUAGGGAGUUACUGCAUUGCUUUAGCUUUUUUUUUGUAUACAUAACUUUUUACUGCAAGCCAAAAAUGUGUAUAACAAGUGUUCUCAGGAACUUAUUGCUGUAUCCAAAUACUGAAAUGUACAUUUUAUUAAACUACUGUUUUCAAUAAUUUUGCAGGAUGUGUAAUUGAAAGUUCUGUCUAACCUGCCAAUUACUUAUUUUUAAAGGUGUUACAAACCAGAGUCUCUUGUUUUGAUCACUGAAAUAAAUAUAUAUACUUUUUUUGUGUUCAUGAUCACACCAUAAACCUGAUGGCUAAACUACUACAAAGACAGGGCUUGGUGAUGGAAAAUAUUGUUAAUGUUAUUAAGUGGCUAGUUUUAUUUUAUUAAAUGCUUGCAGCUCAUUUAUUAGUCUUGUAAGCCAUUGUGCCAUGGAAAGUACUUUUAAGUCAAAGGAUUUGUGCAACCUAUUGGCUGGGGGGCAAAUUCAAACCAGUUAAUUUGUUUUUCAAACAUUUAUGUAUAGGUUUUGCUUUUUUAAAUGUGCCAGAUUUACAUAUUUUAUCAAAUGUUGAGAGGACAGAUUUGGGAAUAAAAUGUUUGACAAUUGUCCAACUUAA